AUGCAAGAGCAGCCUGAAAUUCUCGUCGCAAGUGAGUACAGAGCUCUAAUUGGCGAGGGACAUCGCAGUGAGUGCGAGGCAGCUACAGGCGACACGAUGAACUGCCAGGAGAUCGAGAUGUCGCUCAGUGUGGCGGAGUUCGAGAGCAAGAUGGAGGAGCUGAUGCGCAAGUUGGAGAUCCGGGUAGAGGAAAUGAAGCGUUCUACUUUUCCUAACAGUAUACCGACAGAAAGAAAUGACAGGUAA